AUGCCUGCCGACUAUCACUCCACGGCAAGGGCAUUGGCCCUUUCCACUUCCCCAGAUGCUAGCCCUCGAUCUCCUGAUAGUGAGGAACAGCUGCCAUGGAGCCGCGCCGGUGGACGAGAUUCGUCUAGCCGCUGGGCCAAUAAUCAGGCAGCCACCUACCGCGAUAGGUUGAUCAAAUGGGGCAAAGAGACAUAUGACAGUCUAAAUGCGAAAUGGAAUGGAAUGACUAUCUGGCAGAAAGUCGCAUUCAUUGCGGCGGCUUUAAUAGCUGCUGCAUUGGGAAUCUCGUUUUUGCUUCUGUCUGGCUGGAUACUCAGGGUUCUGCCCAAGGUCGCAGAAAGAUGGGAAAAGUCUCCGCUCGUCGCCUUUAUACUCUGGACAUGUGUAUUUUUUGUCUCGUUUCCCCCUUUGGUGGGAUGGUCAACGAUGGGCACAUCCGCGGGUUUCAUCUUUGGAAUAUGGAAAGGGUGGCUGCUGUACGCAUCCGCAACUAUUCUCGGCUCUACCGUGUCAUUCUAUGUAUCGCGCACGUUACUGUCGAAACUCGUCAAUGCGCUCAUGAAGCGCGACAAGCGAUUUGCUGCACUGGCAUUGACUUUGAAAUAUGACGGACUGAAGCUUCUGUGCAUGAUUCGCCUGUGUCCACUUCCAUACUCCAUCUGCAAUGGUGCCGUUUCCACCUUUCCUACGGUCAAGCCCUUGAUGUAUGGUCUCGCUACGGCCAUCGUCUCACCCAAGCUGCUCACCCACGUCUUCAUUGGCAGUCGCCUGCGGAUUCUUGCUGAAACGGGCGAUCAGAUGAGUACAGGCGCCAAGGCUGUAAAUAUCAUCAGCAUUAUCGCAUCAGGAGUGAUUGGUGUCGGUACUGGAUAUUAUAUUUAUCAAAGAACCUUGGCUCGCGCGAAUGAACUCGAAGCAAUAGAGCGUGAAGAUAAUGAGAACGCUGACCAUAGUGCGCAUCAGCCUCGUGACGGAUUAUCAGAAGAUGAUGCUACAAACGAUGCUUUUGAUAUCGCCCGGGAUGAGGAAGAGCUUCUUGGUUUCUCCACUCUGGAUGACGACAAUGUUGAUCUCGAUCUCGACGAUGAAAGCGAUAAUGAACCAGGCCGAUGGAAGUCGAGUCGGACAUCCUACCACGAUCAGUUUACGGAUAAUGACUCAGACGACCUUGAGUCUACAAACGAUGUGGAUGAGACAUAUGGCUUGCACAGGCAUAUUCAACGGAAAUAG